AAAUGAUCAGUGUUAUGUUUUUUUUACCGUGUCAUAUUGUUCAUAAUGAUUUUCUUUUUUCAUUGCAGACCUGAUGAAGCCAAAAGAAGAAAUCACAAAUUCAAGAGAACAGACAGAUCAAGAUCAGAAAGUGCUAAAGGAGGAAAUUUCACAACUCAAUGAAGUGAAGGAGAAACCUCAUCAUUUGAUACCCAAAGAAGAAUCUCUGAGCUGCUCGAGUACUGUGAGGAAUUUGUCACCUAAAAGGAACAACAAGCAAAAGGCAACAGCUAAGGAUGCUCUUACUUGCCAUCAGUGUGGAAAGACCUUCACAUAUAAAUAUAUGCUUAAUAAUCACAUGAGACUUCACACUGGAGAAAAACCUUACCGAUGUGAUCAGUGUGGAAAAACCUUCAGUAGAAAAUCGCAUUUAAGUGAGCACACAAAAAUUCACACUGGAGAAAAACCUUACAGAUGUGAUCAGUGUGGAAAGAGUUUCAUUCGUAAGAUUGACCUCAACAGGCACAUGAGGAUUCACAUAAAAGGAAGGCCUUACAGCUGUGAUCAGUGUGGAAAGAACUUCAGGUAUAAAUGGCACCUUAAUGAACACAUGAGAAUUCACACUGGAGAAAAACCUUACACAUGUGAUCAGUGUGGAAAGAGUUUCAUUUGUAAGAUUGAACUCAACAGGCACAUGAGGAUUCACACUGGAGAAAAGCCUUACACAUGUGAUCAGUGUGGAAAAACCUUCAAUAGAAAAUCGCAUUUAAGUGAGCACACACAAAUUCACACUGGAGAAAAGCCUUACAGAUGUGAUCAAUGUGGAAUGAGUUUUCUUCGUAGGUUUAAUCUCAAAAUGCACACAAGAAUUCACACUGGAGAAAAACCUUGCAUCUGUGAUCAAUGUGGAAAGAGUUUCAUUCAUAACAUGUAUCUGAAUAGGCACCUGAGGAUUCACACUAAAGAAAGGCCUAUGUUCAUCAUGAGAGAUCAGAUGGAUGUGAUGUGCUGUAAAUCAGAUGUAUCUGGUGUCUCUCUCUGUGGCUUUACUGAUCAAACAUCUACAGAUCUUCUGGUUUCUGUCUGUAAUGAAGACCAGAAGACAUCAGUGAAUCUGCUGGACUGUGGGGUAGAAGUGAAACAAGAAGACACAGAAGCAGAUGAAGGUUAUUUGAUUUAUUCAGACCUGAUGAAGCCAAAAGAAGAAAUCACAAAUGCAAGAGAACAGACAGAUCAAGAUCUGAAAGUGGCAAAGGAGGAAAUUUCACAACUCAAUGAAAUGGAGGAGAAACCUCAUCAUUUGAUACCCAAAGAAGAAUCUCUGAGCUGCUCGAUUACUAUGUUCAUCAUGAGAGAUCAGAUGGAUGUGAUGUGCUGUAAAUCAAAAGAGGUGGCGUUACUGGAGUCAAAGCUCAGACAGAGAGAUGAACUCAACACAAAGGAUGUAUCUGGUGUCUCUCUCUGUGGCUUUACUGAUCAAACAUCUACAGAUCUUCUGGUUUCUGUCUGUAAUGAAGAUCAGAAGACAUCAGUGAAUCUGCUGGACUGUGGGAUAGAAGUGAAACAAGAAGACACAGAAGCAGAUGAAGGUGAUUUGAUUUAUUCAGAUCUGAAAGUGGUAAAGGAGGAAAUUUCACAACUCAAUGAAAUGGAGGAGAAACCUCAUCAUUUGAUACCCAAAGAAGAAUCUCUGAGCUGCUCGAUUACUGUGAGGAAUUUGUCACCUAAAAGGAACAACAAUCAAAAAUCAACAGCCAAUGAUGCUUUUAUGUGCCCUCAGUGUGGAAAGACCUUCACAUAUAAAUAUAUACUCAAAAAUCACAUAAGAAUUCACACUGGAGAAAGACCUUACAGCUGUGAUCAGUGUGGAAAAAGUUUCACCUAUAAAUUUAACCUUAAUGAGCACAAGAGGAUCCACACUGGAGAAAAGCCUCACAGAUGUGAUCAAUGUGGAAAGAGUUUUCUUCGUAGGUUUAAUCUCCACAAGCACAUAAGAAUUCACACUGGAGACAAACCUUACACAUGUGAUCAGUGUGGAAAGAGUUUCAUUCAUAAGAAUGAUCUUAAUAGGCACAUGAGGAUUCACACUAACGAAAGGCCUUACAGAUGUGAUCAGUGUGGAAAGAGUUUCAUUCGUAAGUUUGAACUCAACAUGCACAUGAGAAUUCACACUAAAGAAAGGCCUUACAGAUGUGAUCAAUGUGGAAAAACCUUCAAUAGAAAAUGGCAUUUAAGGGAGCACAUAAAAAUUCACACUGGAGAAAAACCUUACAGCUGUGAUCACUGUGAAAAGAACUUCAGGUAUAAAGGGCACCUUAAUGAACACAUGAGGAUUCACACUAAAGAAAGGCCUUAAAAUGCCCCUACUACGUUGAUUUUUGUAUUUGAAAAGUUCAGAUGCAAAAACCACUAAAUGCUCACUAAAAGUGAGAUAAUAAUAUUAAAUAGUAUUUGAUUCGUUAGACUUUGCUCCUCAAACAUGACACCCAAAUACAGCAUUAUAAGUCUUGAAUGAGAAGAGUCGAACGAAUGUCCGGUAGUGAAUUAAUUGUUUACAGUUUUUAUGUUGCAAUUCGGUCAGAAACGUCAAGAUUGUGAGGCGAACAAAUCGUUUUGGAUUAAAAGGUUGGAUAUAACAUUUCCUUGAACUCUAGGGAUUUAUGAUCAAUUUCUUUUGGACAAUUUUACCAAAGCGGAUAAAGGGAAGAUUUUGAAGAUAAGUAAACACACUGAAGGAAGAAAACAAGCAACUACGUUAACAUUCAGCCUUUCAUCCUCUCUAGAAAGAUCAAAAAUGAUCUGUAAGUACAGUGACAGUCAGAAGACAUCCGAUUGAAGCUGAACUGUUUGCAAGAAGCCCCGAUAAAGCAACAUUGGUGAAAAAAAGCCAUGAGCAGAAUCACAUCAACACAUAAAUUGCCCAAAGAAAAAUGGCGUAACAUGAUGAAUAAAAUUGUUCUUUUCGAGUCAAGUGGUAAUCGGCAGAUCCUCAGGCGACUCGGAUACUGAAUUCAAACUAAAGAUCGUUUUAUCGAGCACCUGUGCGGUGACGUGAUAAGCGUCUGGUCCGAACUUUACUUCCGGUUUCUGUUUGUUUAAUAGUCUGACUAGUUGCUGAAACUGAACUCUUAAACAAAUACCUCGUCGAAAAUAACAAUGUUUUGGGUUCCUAUUUAAUCUACAUGUUGUUUAUUUUGCUUGUUAUAUAAAUAAACUACUUUAAAAUUA